AAGAGAUACAGCAAAAAAAAAUUGCAGGUGUUGUCAGGAUGGUAUUAGAACCAUUUGAGCCAAAUUUCAUGAAAAUCUCAGGAGGUGGGUGUAAAAUUUAUUUUUUAUUGGGUGAUUUGAUAUGGAAUGACCCUGUAUUGGAAGGAAAAACACAUCUAAUCUGAUCCUGUUAGCAUCACAUAGUAAUUGUUUGUCAUAGUGGCAGUCCAGUUAAGGUUCUUGUAUGCAAGAGAUCAAAAAUACCGGUCAUCUACUGCAUUCAUUGGCGUAGGGUGACGAGUAUGGGGCAAGUUACGGGCACACGUUUUAAAAAUGAUUCCAGGUGUCUGCACUACAUCACUAUGGCUCAAUGCUGUUCACCUUGUAACUUCUCUUGUUAAUAGAAAGCAACAUUCUGUGUGUGAUCAAGCAUUUGUGUGUGCAUUGUUGGCUUUGUAGAAUGCACAUUCAUUGUUUACACAAGCCCUACACUGUUUUCUGUUGGAGUUACAAAUUCAGCUGCCUCACUGACAUUCAGUAAAAUCACUGUGCUUGCAAUAGAUGGUGUUAUAAUUUAGGGUGUUCAAGUGUUAAGGCAGGUUAUGGGACCAGGUGUUUCAAGUUUGGGCACUGUAGAUCAAGGGUGAAUAGCAUACCAAGUGCUGCAAAUCUCAUAUACUACUCUGUGUUUUCCUCCCGUUAUUCAUCUUGACACCAGCAGCAGCUGUUUCAAAAAAUCAAUAUUGUUGAGGAAUGGGAUUUGAGGUAAACAGAUUUCAGGGUGAAGUCGAUGAGGAAUUAGUUUGCCCAAUAUGCUCAGGUGUUCUUGAGGAUCCUCUACAGGCCCCCAUAUGUGAGCAUGCAUUUUGUCGUGAAUGUAUUCAGGAAUGGAUAUCAAGACAACCAACAUGCCCAGUUGACCGACAGAAUAUCACUUCAGCACAGCUGAGGCCUGUGCCACGUAUUUUAAGAAACUUGCUCUCCAGGUUAUAUAUAACAUGUGAUAAUGCAAGUUAUGGCUGCACAUCAGUGAUGAAACUGGACUCUUUAUCAUCACAUUUGGAAGAAUGUGAACAUAAUCCAAAACGACCUGUAACAUGUGAACAAGGCUGUGGCCUGGUAAUUCCUAAGGACGAAUUAAAGGAGCACAACUGUGUGAGAGAACUGCGUGCAUUGAUCCACUCACAGCAGCAAAAAAUGACUGAUUUCCAGCAAGAGAUGGCUGAGCAACGUUUCCAGAUAAAUGAACAAAAGCGUGAACUGCAGUUACUAAAGGAUUUUAUGCGAGCAAUGCGUAUAUCCAAUCCAGCGAUGAGAGCUAUAGCGGACCAAAUGGAAAGAGAUGAAGUGUUGAGGUGGUCCAAUUCCUUGACAAGGGCAAGAGUAACUAGAUGGGGUGGAAUGAUUUCAACCCCUGAUGAUGUUUUGCAGGCAAUGAUAAAACGAACGUUGUCAGAGUCAGGCUGUCCACCCCAUAUUGUGGAUGAUUUAAUGGAAAAUGCACAUGAACGGCGCUGGCCACCUGGACUGUGUUCUCUGGAAACUAGGCAAAAUAAUCGUCGCCAAUAUGAACAGUACGUGUGUAAGAGGGUGCCAGGAAAGCAAGCUGUAGUAGUUUUGCUGUGUGACAAUACCCAUAUGAGUGAUGACAUGAUGGUUGACCCUGGACUUGUUAUGAUUUUUGCUCAUGGAAUUGAGUGAAAAAACAUGAAAAACCAUGUGAUUUAACUAAACCUCAAAGUGUUUUAAAUGCUUGGUUAAUUCAGCAUUGUGUUGUACACUGACUACCAGAAUUCAGGAAAUUCUGUUCUUACAACUAAACAUUUUCUAAGAUUUUUGUACCUUUCCUUUUCCUUUCUGUAUAGUCUUUCCCUGUCUAGUCUUCCUGUCCUGUCCUGUCCUGUCCUGUCCUGUCCUGACAAAGUCGGUGCUAUCUCAGUAAUCAAAAAAACAUUGUAAUGGAUUUGUUUCAUUUCUGUAAGAUUACUGUACAUUUGUCCAUCACCACUUGUUCAGAAUGCUACAAUCUGUGUCAGUAAUGCAUGAUGAUUUUAGGUGCACCAUUGUUCAUUCCAACAUAUUGCAAACAUUGGAAGUUAAAAAUUCCUUUAUGUUAUCCCUGCAAUGAUCUUGUUAGAAAUAUUUAAAAUCUGCAGCAACAUCAAAUUCAGUGGUAUGGCAAUUUGUAACAAUUUUGGUGCUAUCAACUGUGUCUGUUUUUGAAAACAAUUUUGUUUUGUCUGUUCUCUUUGGCUACUUUUUUCCCCCACUCACACUUUCAACAUCUUUUACUUCACAAUAUUGCAAUUCACCGCUUGUACGCAAGUUCUCUUCUUCUCCACAGCAUUUUCUAAGUAACCAUGUGUUCUAAUGAGUGAUUUCUUUCAGAGUAUUAGUGGCCAAGUUAAAUUAAGAAGCUGACGGGCAGGUGGAAAAGGUACAUGUUGCUACUGCUAUCUCCCAGCACUGAGA